AGCGUGAGGGAUCCUGCGGACCGGAAGUUGAGGCGUUCGCGGCGGCGAACGAGAACAGGAAUUCCUUCUGAAGGCGCUGAGGCAUCACGCAGCCCAGGUGUUUACCAGGAAGUGAUGUGCACUCCCCACACAUCCCCACACAUGGCUACUGCUCCUGUGGGAAACAGCUCUGCCAGUUCACAGGUUCUUCAGCUGAAAGCCUCACCUGGCUCUAAUAACUGCCAGGGUUGGUCUGGGUCCCUCUGAGGCUACAGAGAUGGAACCUCAGAACUCUUCUGUGAUGGCCCUCAGAGACUGAAGGCAGAGUAGGGCCCGAAAUCCCAGCAUGAACUUGUGUCCAUCCCAGAGAUCACCACAGGAGUCAUGAGGUGCCCUGUGUGUCACCAGCUUGACCCAGGCCGCAGGGCGUUUACUCUGCCAGCACCUGCCAUGAUCCUAUCGCACCCCUGAGGAGGAAAUUAGCUCUUUGAAGAGAAAGUGCUUCCUUAUUGCAGGCACUGGCCUCUCACUGCAGGAGGUGGGGAAUAUCUGGUCUAGGUGAUCAGAACUGAGGCCAGUUUUGUGACAACACUGGGAUUAGCCACAGCAUGCCGCCUCCCAGAACAAGGGAGGGCAGGGGUCCCCGAGACCGACCCCCGGCUCCCAGUCAGGAAGAGGGCCCGGAGAAAUGGGACUGGAAUUGUCCAGAGACACGUCGCCUCUUCGAGGACGCCUUCUUCGGUGAUGAGGAUUAUAUCCGGCAGGGUUCUGAGGAGUGCCAGAAGUUCUGGACCUUCUUUGAACGCUUGCAGAGAUUCCAGAAUCUCAAGACCACCAGGAAGGACGAGAAAGACUCUAGGCAUCCCAAGCACAGCAUCCCGGCACUGGCCGACCUACCUUGCGCUUAUGACCCACGCUACCGCAUCAACCUCUCCGUCCUUGGCCCCGACACUCGGCGCUCUCGGGGGCUAGGCAGGCGCCUGGCCCCGGAGAGAGUGUCUGAGUUCCGCCAAGCCCUGCUGCACUACCUGGACUUUGGCCAGAAGCAGGCGUUUGGGCGGCUGGCCAAACUGCAGCGUGAGCGCAUGGCACUGCCUAUCGCCCAGUAUGGGGAUCGCAUCCUGCAGACGCUGAAGGAGCACCAGGUGGUGGUGGUGGCAGGUGACACGGGCUGCGGCAAGUCCACUCAGGUGCCCCAGUACCUGCUGGCCGCUGGCUUCAGCCACGUGGCAUGCACCCAGCCCCGGCGAAUCGCCUGCAUCUCACUGGCGAAGCGGGUCGGCUUUGAGAGCCUCAGUCAGUAUGGCUCACAGGUCGGCUACCAGAUCCGUUUUGAGAGCACACGCUCGGCGGCCACCAAGAUUGUGUUCCUGACAGUGGGGCUGCUCCUGAGGCAAAUCCAGCGGGAGCCCCGCCUGCCGCAGUACCAGGUCCUGAUCGUGGAUGAGGUCCACGAGCGGCACCUCCACAACGACUUCCUCCUGGGUAUCCUCCGGCGCCUGCUGCCCCAGCGACCUGACCUCAAGGUCAUCCUCAUGUCAGCCACCAUCAACAUCUCGCUCUUUUCCAGCUGCUUCGGCAGUGCCCCCGUGGUACAGGUGCCCGGGAGGCUCUUCCCCAUCACGGUUGUGUACCAGCCGCAGGAGGCCGAGCCUACAACAUCCAAGUCGGAGAAGCUGGACCCGCGGCCCUUCCUCAGGGUGCUGGAGGCCAUUGACAAUAAGUACCCACCUGAGGAGCGGGGUGACCUCUUGGUCUUCCUCAGUGGCAUGGCGGAGAUCAGCGCCGUGCUCGAGGCAGCCCAGACCUACGCCAGCCACACCCAGCGCUGGGCGGUGCUGCCGCUGCACAGUGCCCUCUCUGUGGCCGACCAGGACAAGGUGUUCGACGUGGCCCCACCUGGAGUCCGGAAGUGCAUCCUCUCCACCAACAUCGCUGAAACCUCAGUCACCAUUGAUGGGAUCCGCUUUGUCGUAGAUUCUGGGAAGGUGAAGGAGAUGAGCUAUGACCCGCAGGCCAAACUGCAGCGGCUGCAGGAGUUCUGGAUCAGUCAGGCCAGUGCUGAGCAGCGUAAGGGCCGGGCGGGCCGCACGGGCCCUGGUGUCUGCUUCCGCCUCUAUGCCGAAUCGGACUACGAUGCCUUCGCCCCCUACCCUGUCCCGGAGAUUCGGAGGGUCGCCCUGGAUGCACUGGUGCUGCAGAUGAAGGGCAUGAGUGUGGGGGACCCCCGAACCUUUCCCUUCAUCGAGCCACCCCCACCAACCAGCUUGGAAACGGCCAUCCGCUACCUCCGGGACCAGGGGGCCCUGGACAGCUCAGAGGCCCUCACCCCCAUUGGGUCCCUGCUGGCCCAGCUGCCUGUGGACGUCGUGAUUGGGAAGAUGCUGAUCCUGGGCUCCAUGUUCCACCUGGCGGAGCCUGUGCUCACCAUCGCCGCUGCCCUCAGCGUCCAGUCGCCCUUCACCCGCGGCGCCCAGAGCAACCCCGAGUGUGUGGCGGCGCGGCGACCCCUGGAGAGUGACCAGGGGGACCCCUUCACGCUCUUCAACGUCUUCAACACCUGGGUGCAGGUGAAAUCUGAACGGAGCAGAAACUCUCGCAGGUGGUGCCGCCACCGGGGCAUAGAGGAGCAUCGGCUGUAUGAGAUGGCCAACCUGCGGCGCCAGUUCAAGGAGCUGUUGGAAGACCACGGGCUGCUGGCCAGGGCCCAGGCCUCGAAGCCGGGGGACAGCUACAGUCGGCUACGGCAGCGUCGGGAGCGCCAGGCGCUCUACCAGCUGAAGCGCCAGCAUGAGCAGGGCCAGGGACGCAGGCGCAAGGUGCUGCGGCUCCAGGAGGACCAGGACGGCUGCUCCAGCGAUGAGGACCGGGGCGGCGCAGCCUCGCAGGGGGGCGGUGACAACGUGGACAUCCAGGAUGUGAAGUUCAAGCUCCGGCACAACCUGGAACAGCUGCAGGCGGCCGCCAGCUCAGCCCAGGCCCUGACUCGGGACCAGAUGGCCCUGCUCAAGCUGGUGCUGGGCCGGGGCCUCUACCCACAGCUUGCCAUCCCGGACCCGUUCAACAGUGGCCGCAAGGACUCGGACCAGAUCUUCCACACCGAGACCAAGCAGGGCGCCGUGCUGCACCCCACCUGCAUCUUCGCCAACAGCCCUGAGGUGCUGCACACACAGGAACAGGAGGCCAGGGGCAGCGAUGGGAGCCGAGAUGACAAGGACAAGAUGAGCAGCAGGCACCAGCUCCUCACCUUCGUCUCCCUGCUGGAGACCAACAAACCGUACCUGGUGAACUGUGUCCGCAUCCCCGCUCUGCAGUCCCUCCUGCUGUUCAGCCGGUCCCUGGACACCAGUGGUGACUGUUGCCGUCUGGUGGCCGAUGGCUGGCUGGAGCUCCAGCUGGUGGACAGUGAGAGCGCUGUCCGGCUCCUGGCGGCUUCCCUGCGGCUCCGGGCCCACUGGGAAAGCGCCCUGGACCGGCAGCUGGCCCACCAGGCCCGGUGGCGGCUGGAGGACAAAGACGACGAGGAGACAGACCCAGUCAACCGCAAGGAGGUGGCAGCCCUGAGCAGGGAGCUGCUGCAGUUCACGGCGUCCAAGGUUUCCUACAGCCUCCGGCGGCUCACAGGGCUGGAAAUCCAGAACCUCUAUGUGGGACCCCAGACCAUCACUGCUGCCCCCAGCCUCCCUGGCCUCUUUGGCUGCUCUACCCCGUCCCCCCAUCCCACCAAAGGGGGCUACGCAGUCACUGACUUCCUCACCUACAGCUGCCUCACGAGUGACGCGGACCUGUACAGCGACUGUCUCCGCACCUUCUGGACCUGCCCCCACUGCGACCUGCACAUGCCCUUCACGCCCUUGGAGCGCAUCGCCCACGAGAGCACCUGCCCCGAGGCCCCACAGGACGGUCCCCCAGGGGCUGAGGAGGCUGCCCCCGAGCCCCUCCAGAAGGCAUCCGCCCUGCAGAGGCCCUACCACUGCGAGGCCUGCCAGAAGGACUUUCUGUUCACACCCACGGAGGUGCUGCGGCACAGGAGGCAGCAUGUGUGAGCCCAGCCUGUCCUGGACCAGGACCAGGGCCAGGGCCAGGGCUCCCGCCCAAGCCCCCAGCCUAGACGCGGAGCUGUGGUCUGGACCCAGCCCCGCUGGGAGGGAGCAUAAAUAUGUGAAUAAAGUCUCACCGAUGGAACUUCCCUGGUGGCGCAGUGGUUAAGAAUCCGCCUGCUGGGCUUCCCUGGUGGCGCAGUGGUUGAGAGUCCACCUGCCGAUGCAGGGGACACGGGUUCGUGCCCCAGUCCGGGAAGAUCCCACAUGCCGCAGAGUGGCUAGGCCCGUGAGCCAUGGCCGCUGAGCCUGCGCAUCCAGAGCCUGUGCUCCGCAACGGGAGGGGCCACAACAGUGAGAGGCCCGCGUACCGCAAAAAAAAAAAAAAAAAAAAAAGAAUCCGCCUGCCAAUGCAGGGAACAUGGUUUCGAGCCCUGGUCCAGGAAGAUCCCACAUGCCGCAGAGCAGCUAAGCCUGUGCAGCACAACUGCUGAGCCUACGCUCUAGAGCCUGCGAGCCACAACUACUGAGCCUGCGAGCCACAACUGCUGAGCCUGCGCUCUGGAGCCCGCGAGCCACAACUGCUGAAGCCCGUACGCCUAGAGCCUGAGCUCCGCAACAAGAGAAGCCACCGCAAUGAGAAACCCGCGCACCACAAUGAAGAGUAGCCCCCGCUCCCCGCAACUAGAGAAAGCCCACGCGCAGCAAGGAAGACCCAAUGCAGCAAAAAAAAAAAAAAAAGUCUCACCGAUGGGCUCAGAUCUUUAAGCCUGCUCCUGCCCAUCCAGAAAGUAGCAGCUGCCUCUUGUUGGUCCUCCUCAUGGUCUGGCUCUCAUCCCUCCUGCUGCAGCAGGCCAUCUGAGAUGUUUUGGGGUAGAUCCGGGGAGCUAAGGCUGAGCAGGGACCUCAGAUUCCAGGUACAGGAUCUGAUCGCCCCUGGCGACUGCUGUCUCCUGAGUCUGUACUCGUGGCCUCUGCUUUCCCUUGAACCUGAGAGACGCUGCAUUGGCCCAUGUACAUGUGCCACUUUGAGAGUUGGACGGGGUGGGUUCAGUGUUCCUGUGGACCCACAGGCUGCCUGUUCACCAGGGUCGAUCUGCUGCGGGGUCCAUGGGCAGUCCUCAGCCGUCCCCUCUGGACUCCCUGGCCGCGUCUCCCCUACAGACAUGAAAAAGAUAGGGAACGCUGUGAACGAUGAUGAUGCCAAUGAAUUCCAUGACUCAGUUGAAAUCUGGGUGACAACAGGAUAGACGUGGCCAAGGCAGAGACAGCUGCGGGUUAGAGGAAAGAACAAGAGACAUAGCAAGAGAGAAACAGAGAAAGGCACAGACUACCAAAGCUCAGUCAAGAAGAAACUGCACAACGCUAUGAACUUAUUAGGAAAUGUAAUUCUUAGUUACAAACACAGAGAACAGGCUAGGGUGGGUUCACUGGUGACCUCCAGUAGACGGGGAAGGAGCUCAACAAUGGCUCAUUCACAGUGUGGAAGGCGACACCUCUGGGCCAGCAUUGCCCUAAUGAAAAACUUGACUCAGACGACACACAGAUGCAAAACUCCUUCCUAAAAGUUUAGCAACUCAUAUUCAGCAACAUAUGAAAAGAACGGUAGUACGUCAUGGCCAAGGGGCAUUUAUCCUAGGAAUACAAAGUAGGUUUAACAUUCGAACGUGAAUCAGUGUGAUUCACCGUAUUAAAAACAGAAAAUGCGUUUGACAGAUUUUAACAACACCUUGUGGCCUUGGGUAAACCCCCUUGACCUCUCUGCUCCAAUAUUUCUUUUCUCUGACAAAUGAACACAGCUAAACUAUUUUCCCCAGAGGUUUCAUUUUGAUAUAGAAAUCUUGGGUUUAACUUUAUUUAAUAAUAAAAUAAAUAUAAAAAUAAGAUAGAAAUACAAAUAUAAAAAUAAAAUGUAAAAUUACUAAACAAUUAAAAUCAAUAAAAUAAUAAAGAUUAUUUAAAAGUGCAAGUAAUAAAAUGGUAAUUGAACUUCAUCAAAAUUAAUCUGUUUUGCAAAAGAUACUAAGAAAAAGAACAAUAAAAAAAAGAAUGAAAAUGAAAAGGCAAGUAUAGACUUGGAGAAAAUAUUCACUAUAUAUGUAUAUUUAACAAAUACAUAUAUAAUAACUACAUGUUACAAAUAUAUAAACUAUACAAGGAAUUCUUUCAAAUCAAUGACAACUGCUUUAUAAGAGGCAAAAUACUGAAUAUAAACUACAAAAAGUAGAUAAACGGUUAAUAAGCCCAUGAAAAAAUACUGUCAUGGGGAUGCAAUUAAAACUGCAAUAAAUAUCACAAUAAAUAUCAUUAGAUAUUUAUAAAUAUAUGUAAAUAUCAUUAGAAUGGCUAACAAAAAAUACUGACAAUACUAAUUCAACAUGUGGCACAGUCAGAGCUCACGUAUUGCUGGUGGGAGCAUUCAUCGGUAAAACGACUCUGGAAAAAAAUUCAAAGAAUCUGCUAAAAUCGAACCUGGGCGCGUUCUGUGACCUGGCAGUUCCGCUUGUGGACACACACUCCACAGAAAUGCACGUGUGUCCACCAAAAGCCAGGGUGUGUUAGCAGCAUUAUUCGUAACUGGAACCCAGCCAAAUGCCUAUUGACAGAAGAAUAGUUAAAUAAUUGUGAUGAAUUCAUGCAAUAGAAGGACUAAGCCGCAGCUCCGGCAACAUAAUGGGGGUGGGGGCAGCAUCAGCUGGGCUGCAGGGGGCUGCUCAGGGUUUGUUUCUUGGUCUGGACGCUGGUGGCGCAAGUAUGUUUCAUUUUCUGGGAAAACUCACCAAACUAAUAAUGAUUUGUGCACUUUUCUGUAUAUUAAGCUUCAAGAGAAAGUUUUAAAAGGUUGUUGAAUGAGUGCCUACCCACUUUGUAUUUAGAAAGAUCCUGCUAAAUGGAAGUUGUACAAAUUCCCCUCAAGGAAGAUGAAAGUGCCCGUUUCCCCGACAGCCUCGCCAGCAGUGAGCAUCAUCUUUUUAACCUGGGUCAAUCUGAUGGGUGAAAAAUAAUGUCAUAACGAGGGUUAUUUAAGGCAGUUCAGAACAGCAAAGGCACAGCCCCACCUGGAAUUUUUGUGCAGGUAUUGGAACAGACAUGUUUCCCCAGGUAAUUAAUGGAUAGUAAGAGCUUCUGGAACUGUUAAGGGCCAUAGAAUUCACCCCUGAGGGGCUGUGACCUCUGGGCCCUCAAUUAUGACAGAUGCCCUGAUGGCUGUCUCUGGGCAUUUAAAGUUUCCUCCCUUCUUCCACUUAUUUCUCUGUUUUUAAUACCUUUAGUUAGGAAGUCAUUUUCAGGGGCCAUAACAGAAAAGGGAUAGAGAUUUGACAACCAAAAAAUGGAAAUAUUUUGAGAGGGUAGAGUAACCAUAAAGCCAAAAGACAAGCAGCAAACUGGGAGAAGUGUCUGUAAUAUCUGUGAUGAAGUUUAAGAUCCAAAAUAUAUAAAGAGCUGCUACAAACCAAUAAGAAAAUGAUAAAGAGCCUAGGAAGGACACAGUCAAAAGAUUUGAACCCACACAGAAGACGAAAUAGAAAUGACCUAGAAUAAUAUGCUCAGACUCACUGGCAAUCAGGGGAAAUUAAUGUAAAUCAGUACAGCCUGUUUGGAAAGACAUUUGGGAGAAUCUAUCAAAUGACCUGUGAAAAAUGCCGCUUCCCCUGGACCAGUGAUUCCACCUUCAGGAAUUUAUCCUACAGAUACACAUAUGUCUGGAAAUGACGUGUGUAAGGAUAUUCACACCAGCUUUGUAGGAGCAAAAUAUGGGAAACAGCGUCAACAUCUCUCCAUAUGGAUCUGCUUAAAUAAAACCCAUCCAUAUAAUUCACCACUUAUGCAGCCAUGCCAAACAACGAGCAGGCUCUGUAUUGAUACAAACAAUAUUUGCAAAUUUUACUAAGUGAAAAAAAGCAAGUUGCAGAACCAUGUGUGAUAUCCCAAUUUUAAAAAAAAUUGACAUGUUUCCAUAUGCUCACAUAAUUGAAUAGAAUCACACACCAGAUACAAUAGAUACGCAGCAAACUUGAAUGAUGGUCAUCUCUGUGGAGGGAAGGGCAGGGGAUAGGAGGGGUGGGGACAGAAGACAGGAAAGGGUGAUUUUUCUUUUUAAAUCAAGAUUAUUGAGGUCUAGUUUACAUACAAUAAAAUGUCAAUACAUUUUGGCAAACACACCUGUGUAACCACCAUCUCAAUCAAGACAACAUUUUCUUUCUUUUUUUUAUUUCAUUUUUAAAAAAUUUUUAUUUUAUAUUGGAAUAUAGUUGAUUUACAAUGUUGUGUUAGUUUCAGGUGUAUGGCAAAGUGAUUUAAUUUUAUAUAUAUAUAUAUAUCUCCAUUCUUUUUCAGAUUCUUUUCCCAUACAGGUUAUUACAGAGUAUUAAGUAGAGUGCCCUGUGCUAUACAGUAGGUCCUUGUUGGUUAUCGUUUUAUAUGUAGUAGUGUGUAUAUGUUAAUCCCAACCUCCUAAUUUAUCCCUACCCCCCUCCCCUUUCUCCUUUGGUAACCGUAAGUUUGUUCUAGGUCUGUGAGUCUGUUUUGACACAGAACAUUUUCAACACUGCAGAAAGUUUCAUGGUUCCCCCCUCUUCGGGUCAUUGCCCUAGCCCAGCCUCAGCCCCAGGCAAUCACUGAUCUGCUCUCUGUCACCAUUUAUUAGAUUUCUCUUUUCUAGAAUUUCACAUAAAUGGAAUCAUACAGCGUGUCCUUUUUGUGAUAAUCCAGUGUCUGAAUAUUCUACAGUCUCUUCAUUCUCUAGAUGUUUGGGUUGUUUCCAGUGGGGAGCUAUUUGUGAAAUAAAGUUGCUGUGAACAUUCAUGUAUAA